CAUCCCUCGUCAGCACUAGUCGCCUUCCAUCUGACCGACUCUCUGCUCUCCGCUCGUCAGCGCACACACUAGCUCCUUCCUGGAGUAGCUCCUUCCUCUUCUCCAACGGUCCAGCCGGGGUGGGACGAUACAAGAAUCCGCGCCCUUCCUCCCCUCCAUACCCCCCUCCCUCUCUCCCUUCAUCCACCCCAUUUGACCCUGUGCAACCCCAUCGCUACCAUGGCAUCCCGCAAGGCCCUCUUCGUCAUCGACAUCCAAAACGAGCUCGCGACCGACCCCAAGACCCGCGUGCCGCAUGCCGCCCGGGUGACCGCUGCGACCGAGGGCAUCCUCCAGGCCGCCCGAUCGGUCAUCGACGCGCAUCUCGCGCAGGACCAGCGGUCCCCCUGCCUCAUCGUCUUCGUCCAGCACGAGGAGUCCGGUGACGAUGCGACGAUGCUGAAGGGCUCAGAGGCGUGGGAGCUCGUCUUCACUCCGCGUCCGGAGGUCGGCGAGGAGAUCCUGGUGGCUAAGAAUACCGGAAACACCUUCAAAUCGAACCCCGGGUUGGCCGCUCGCCUCCGCGCCGCGGGCGUCACGGAGAUAAUCGCGGUCGGGCUGCAGAGCGAGCGCUGCGUGGAGGCCACCUGCAAGGGCGCCCUGGCCGCCGGCUUCCGCGUCACCGUCCUGGCGGGCGCCCAUUCGACCUACGACGCGGACGGGGCCACGGCGGUCGAGAUCGAGCGCCAGGUCGAGCAGCGCCUGCACACCCGCGGCGUGCGCAUCGCCCGGUGGGAGGAGGUGACCACGGCCUGGGUGCGCGAGGGCAAGGUCUGAGCACGGACAUGCGGAUGGGAAUGGGGACUUUGACGUCGCGAUGGACGUCUUGUUUAUUAGUAGCCCCAGAAGCCUUGCUCCCCCGACGCGGCCAGGGCCUGGGUGCAGGGCACGGUUAGGAGGGAUAUCAUGCCUGACGGAGAUAUACCGGACAACGGUUCAAGUCAGGGCUUUGCCAGCAGGUAUGGGGGGAGGGCCCCGGGGAAUCAGGGUUGUCCGCGGACCUAUAUCAUGAUAUCUUCUCGACCGGACGCCGCACGCUUCGGAGUAGGAGGACAUGCGGCUUAGCCCGGGUGAUAUUUUAUAACUUCGUGAAGUCAGGGAAUUCGCAGAGUAAUAUAAGAAGCUUGAUCGGCCAUCGUCCUGAUAUAAUGCCCCAACGUGUGCCCGAUAAUAUGGUAGUA